CUAUGAAUUCAAAUCAAUGACAUGAAAAUAAGCGUUUGAUGAUGUGUUCAUAGGGGUAUAUUUCUUCAUUUACAAGUGAUGGUAGGGACGAGGGAAAAUUUUCCGGAAGAUAGCUCUUGAGGUGCUUUGGGAUGCGAGUUUGAAGAAGUUUCUUUCAUUCCCAUGUGGGUUUUAAUUUUUUCUUAUUAUUAGAUUGAACAACGCAUAUGGGUUUUGUUGGUUUCUGGUCUAUGGAUUUGAUUUGAGCCUUUGAGGUCUUCUACUCUGAAAGUGUGUAUCUCUCUUGUUUCCUCUUUGCUAGUACUGUAGUUGGUUGUUUUGGGGUUGUGAUUCUGAAGUUUCUCCAUUUGGGGUUCUUUCUUUUCAGGAGAAGUGCACGACUGGGCGAAGAAACAUCUACAGUAAGAUUAAGGAGAGUUUAUGGGGUGGUGAUAUUUACUGGCGAUCUCACUUGGAUUCUGUAAUGGUGAUGCUAGACUCUUUUCCAAUGACUCCACUAAACUGGGUUUUCGUGGUUUGUUUUCUGUGUUCAUUUCUGGGCACUGGAGCAUUGAGCCAGCAGACCUGUGAUCCAAAUGAUUUGCGGGUUCUGAAGGAAUUCGUAGGGAACCUCACAGGUGGGUCUAUUAUCUCUAGAUGGUCUGAUGAAUCGGUUUGCUGUCAAUGGGAUGGGGUUUUCUGUGAGAAAGGAAGUAAUGCUUCAGAAGGGCGUAGAGUUACUAUGCUGAUUCUUCCAAAGAGAGAUCUAAAAGGGAUUGUAUCAAGCUCCUUGGGUCGCCUGGAAAAGCUGGAAUCGCUCGAUCUUUCAUUCAAUUCUCUUCAUGGUGGUAUUCCUGCAGAGCUAUCGAACUUGCAGCAGCUGGAGGUUCUUGAUCUCAGUUACAACAUGCUUUCAGGGCCUAUUGUGAAAGCACUUGGUGGGUUGAAAUCAAUCCGAUCAGUCAAUAUAUCUAGCAAUUGCUUCAACGGGAGUUUGCUCGCAAUUGAAGGCUUUCCAAAUCUUGCCGUCCUCAAUAUAAGCAACAACUCCUUUGCUGGCCAUAUAGUUACUAAACUAUGCAGUGCCUCCAAUGCAGUUCGGGUUCUUGAUUUGUCUAUGAACCAUUUCUCAGGUCCGCUCUUGAUGAAUGGUUCAGACAACUGCAGUGCGUCUAUCCAACAGUUUCAUGUCGAUUUCAACUCACUUUCAGGUCAUCUUCCAGAAACUCUGUUUUGGUUAUCAUCUUUGGAGCAGCUUUCAAUGGCCGCCAACAAAUUCUCUGGUCAGUUGAGCAAGAGACUCAGUAAGCUUUCCAAUCUUAAAACUUUAGCUAUUUCUGGAAACCAAUUUUCGGGUCCACUUCCAAACGUUUUUGGGAAUCUCACAAAACUAGAACUGUUAAUUGCGCACUCCAAUUCCUUCUCUGGGUCAUUGCCUUCUACUCUAGCACUCUGCACCAAGCUUCAAGUGCUUGACCUCAGGAACAAUUCUCUAAGGGGGCCUAUUGAUAUUAAUUUCACUGGAAUGCCCCAUCUCAGUUUACUUGAUCUUGCCACAAAUCAUUUCAUUGGUACACUUCCUGCUACUCUGUCCAGAUGUGCAGAGUUGAAAACCUUGAGCCUUGCUAAGAAUAGCCUCUCUGGCUCGGUCCCUACUGAUUUUGCAAAGCUGGGAUCUCUUUCCUUUCUUUCUUUGUCAAACAACAGCUUUGAGAACUUAGCAGGAGCAUUGGAUGUACUUCAGCAGUGUGGAAACCUCACUACUCUGAUAAUUACCAAGAAUUUCCAUGCAGAAGAAAUUCCAAGCAAUAUCAGUGGUUUUGAGAAUUUAAUGGUUUUUGCGGCUGGAAACUGUGCUCUUAAAGGCCAAAUCCCCAUGUGGUUACUGAAUUGCAGAAAGUUACAGGUUCUGGACUUGUCAUGGAAUCACUUGAGUGGUGGCAUCCCUCCUUGGAUUGGUCAGAUGGAGAAUUUGUUUUAUUUAGACAUCUCCAAUAAUUCUCUGACAGGAGAAAUCCCAAAAUGUUUGACAGAACUAAAGAGCCUUAUUUCCUCAAACAACGGUGGUCCUCAUCUUAUCGCCUCUGCUGCUGGCAUCCCAUUAUAUGUAAAACGUAACCAGAGUGCCAAUGGUUUGCAGUAUAAUCAGGCCUCUAGUUUCCCUCCGUCAUUAUUGUUGUGCAAUAAUAGAAUUAACGGGACAAUAUGGCCUGAGAUUGGACGGUUGAAGCAACUACAUGUCUUAGAUUUGAGCAGGAAUAGCAUAACUGGGACCAUCCCAUGCAACAUUUCGGAAAUGGAGAACUUGGAGGUCUUGGAUCUGUCUUCCAAUGAUCUCUAUGGGUUGAUUCCCCCAUCAUUUAACAAGCUCACAUUCUUGUCAAAGUUCAGUGUGGCAAAUAAUCACUUGCGAGGACCCAUUCCAACCGGUGGGCAAUUUCUCAGCUUCCCCAACUCAAGUUUUGAAGGCAAUCCAGGAUUGUGUGGCCCACUAAUUCAUGCCUGCGGUGUUAAUAAUAUGGGUCUGAAGCCUGCAAUCUCAGCUAGACCAAACAGUAAGAUUGGCCGAAGCAGUAUACUUGGAAUGGCAAUCAGUAUUGCAAUUGGGAUUGCGUUACUUUUAGUUGUUGUCCUGCUUAACAUAUCAAAGAAGGAUGUUGACGAUCCAAUUGAUGAUGUGGAGGAUGAAAUGGGCAGACCACAUAGGUUAUCAGAGGCACUUGUGUCUUCAAAGUUGGUCCUUUUGUUCCAAAAUUCAGAUAACAAGGAGCUAACCAUUGGUGACCUGCUGAAAUCUACAAACAAUUUUGACCAAGCAAACAUAAUUGGUUGUGGAGGAUUCGGUCUAGUGUACAAAGCCAACCUCCCCAAUGGAACAAAAGCUGCAAUCAAGAGGCUCUCUGAGGACUGUGGACAGAUGGAACGUGAGUUCAGGGCUGAAGUGGAAGCCCUUUCAAGAGCUCAGCACAAGAACCUUGUCCCUCUACAGGGUUAUUGCAGGCAUGGUAGUGGCAGGUUAUUGAUUUACUCCUACAUGGAGAAUGGAAGCUUGGAUUAUUGGCUGCAUGAGAAAGUUGAUGGAAGGUCAGAGCUUAGAUGGGAUGCUAGGCUUAAAAUUGCUCAAGGAACUGCCCAGGGAUUGGCUUACUUGCACAAGGUCUGCGAACCAAAUAUUGUCCAUCGGGACAUAAAAUCUAGCAACAUACUCCUGGAUGGAAAUUUUGAAGCUCAUCUGGCUGAUUUUGGUCUAUCGAGGUUAAUUCGUCCAUAUGAUACUCAUGUAACAACGGAUCUUGUUGGGACCUUAGGAUAUAUCCCUCCUGAAUAUAGUCAGACAUUGAUGGCAACAUUCAAAGGUGAUGUUUACAGCUUUGGGGUGGUUCUUCUGGAGCUUCUUACUGGUAGGAGGCCUGUGGAUGUUUGUAAAGCGAAGGGCUGCAGAGACUUAGUGUCAUGGGUGCUUCAAAUGAAAUCUGAGAAGAAGGAAGAACAAACAAUUGAUCCAUCAAUCUGGAGCAAGGUUUGGGAGAAACAGCUCCUUGAGGUACUUGAAAUUGCAUGUAAGUGCAUAGACCAAGACCCAAGGCGCAGACCCUCCAUUGAACAAGUUGUUUCAUCACUUAAUGCUGUGGCUUCUGAUGGUGCCUAAUUCAGCUUGUUUAGAUGUUUUUUGUUUCAUACAAAUUUAAUUCCAGUCAGGAAUGGCUCGGGAUGGGCUGUUGGUAAUGUCUCAAUUUGUAAAAAAGAAACAUGAUUUAUACUAUAUGUAUCGCUGCAGCAGAUCUCACACCUGUGUGGUGUGUAUUAGAUUCUUGAGAUAAAGGAUGUCAUACACAAGUAACUUGAUUUUCCAU